UUCAACUUAGGAUGAGUCGAAACCAAAUUGAAGAAGGAUGCCAGCAUUCCCAGUUCAUCCCUUGGGCCAUUGCUAUUCUUUUCAUCUUACUUCUCAGUGCCUGUUUUAUUGCAAGUUGUUUGGUGACUCACCGCAACUUUCUCCGAUGUAAGAGAACUAUGGGGGGUUUCAAGUCACCAGAACACCAUGCAAAGCUGACAUGCAUCAGAGAGAAGUCAGGACUCAAAGGAAGCACCUGGGAUUGCUGCCCGGUAAGCUGGAGAGCCUUUCAGUCCAACUGCUAUUUUCCUCUUAAUGACAACAAGACCUGGGCUGAAAGUGAAAGGGACUGUAUGCAGAUGGGCGCACAUCUGGCUUCUGUCAGCACAGCAGCUGAGCAGAACUUUAUUAUUCAAUUUUUGGAUAGACGGUUUCCAUAUUUCCUGGGACUAACAGAUGUGAACCGUAACGGCCAGUGGCACUGGGUGGACAAGACACCAUUUAACCCACACAUGGUAUUCUGGCAUGAGGGUGAACCUGACAACUACCCAAGAGAAGAUUGUGUGGUCCUUGUUAAUGACCAAGACAGAUGGGCGUGGAAGGACUUUGCUUGUAACUCUAAGACAAGUAGGAUUUGUAAGGUUCCUGGCACAACACUCAAAUAGAAAGCUGUGGAGAGAUCCUUGUGAUGAGGACAGAAAAGAAGAAUGAUAAAAAUAACACAGGAAGCACAUGCAUUACUGAGACAGAGAAGGGAUGCUGGGCAUAGAACAUUUUCAGAAAUUGAUGGAUUUAUCUUUGUUCAAUUCAUUCAAGAUAAUGUGUGAUAUUUUGGUGGAAAAAAGACACUUCUGUGAGAAUUAGUUUUCAUUAACAUUGUUUCUUGAGAUCCCGACCACCUCUCUCUGGCUCAAC